GUGUCUGAGAAAGAUCAGGAGGAGAUGGAAGAGGCACUUUGGAGGGCAGAGAAGCACCUUGACUUGGUAUUGGGCUUUCUUUUGGCAGAACCUCAGAAGUCAGAAUCCGUUGUGCAGCUCCAGCCUUUGACCGAAGUCUUAUUAGGGAUUGGUCGGGACAACUCUGUGAGACUCGAUGAAGGAAUGGAACUAUCAUGUCUGGGAACAAACUCACCAGGACUGACAGGGAUGUAUGGGAAUGGUUCCUCUGACUUCACUGAGAGUAUGAUGAUCUCAGACCAACCCCACCUUAUGGAGACAUUGAGCAGUAUGAUAGAGGACUUCACACUACUAUCACCCUGCCAGAUGGACAAUAUAUUGAGUGAAUCUGUAGAUGACUCUGAGUUGUCAGGCCCACCAAGUGAGAUCAAAGGCAGGUCUAUCCUGAAGAAUGCAACGCCCAUGGUUGUGCCAUAUCAUCAGGUGAGAGAGAGAGCUGGGAACACAGUCAUUUCAGCACCAGCUGUUGCCACUUCCCAGGAGAGAGAGAGAACCGGGAAUGUGGCCCUCACAGCCCAAGCAUCUACUUCUUCCCAAGAGAAAGAGAGAUCUGGGACUGUGGUCUUUUCAACGCAGGCUGUUUCAACGUCUCGUGAGAAAGAGAGAGCUGGGAGUAUGGCCAUCUCAGCAGCACAGGCUACCACCACUACUUACCUGGAGAAGUUCAACCAUGCCGUUAGACCUCAGAAGAAGGAGGGUUUACCUGACCAGAGAGCUAAUGUAUCCAAACCCGGUGUGAGAGACCGUCACAUGAGUCUCCCAGUGGCUAAACCUCAGAAGGACUUAGACCCUCUGUCCACUUUCAUGAUGUUAAGGGCCCAACAGAGAACCUACGUCUCGGUGUCGCCUCAGAACCAUACAAGCACCUCAGUGGCACAGGUGGAGCAGCAGACACCACAGCCACCUACGACAGAAAUGAGGCCUGGCUUCGAUGUAAAGCCUGUUGCCUAUGCAGUCACAGGAAAUGACAUCAGAGCCCCUGAGGAAAUAAUUCAGCCUGUCCCUGAGGACAGACAUAACAGCAAAGUCAUACAAAUCCAAGCCACAGAGAGUCAGUUCUGGGCGUACAGAGAGCUGCAGGCAUUUGCUCUGCCCUGCCUGUCCAGAGCCAGGGAGCUGGGGCUGACUAACACAGCCUGUGGAGACUUCAGCACCCUGUACCCGGACCAUACACGUUUCCUACUGAAACAGCAGGAGAAGGAGCUCAGCAUUCGACAGGGCCAGGACCCAGAGGCUUUGUUUAACUAUGUGGCACUGAUACAUGUCCUUGUGACAGUGAAGGACCUGCUCUUCAAGUGUGACCUUAGCACUGCAGUGGAGUACCUAUCCAAGGCCACAGAGGCCUGUGCGGGGCAGAGUCUGGACAAGCUGGUGAGAAAGCUGGAGAUUGUUCUGUAUCUCAGUCAGAAAAAUCAAGAGCCCAACCCAAAGAUACUGGAACUGCAGGAACAGCUUACCACAUGGGUGCAGAGCAAGAGCAAUGGGGUCCAAAACUCCAAUGUUCUGGUGAUAAUAACAAUGGACUUGGACUGUGCCAGAGCUAUGCUCAUUAAAGCCCUGAGCCUAGUCACAGGUGAGGCUGUAGCUGCAGUGUAUCCUGAGGAGAGUCGAAGUAAGCUGGAGGGUUCGAAAAUUCUAGAUAGCCUGCAGCGUAGCUGCUGUGUGGUGGUGUGUAGUCAGCACAUGGGAGCAGACUUCCCCUGGGACUGUUUCUCCCUGGUGGUGGAGUACAGCAACACAGAACACUCGCCCUGGGCUGCCAUCUGCACAGAGAGGAACAUCACACACAUCACCUUCCAGACCAGGAUACCUAAUUCCUCUGUGAGUGACCCUGAGUCUUGGUCCCUGGAGCAGAGUGUCCCCUUCGUGUUGUUUGUGACCGAGGGUCUGCUCAGCUGUCCUCUGUUGCUUCAGAUACUGGAGUCAACGUGUAAUAUGACUGUAUUGGAGAGGAGCCACUCUCAGUCCUUACAGAUGCUUGGAGGGACUCACCACUAUGCUGUGAUUACAGUAGACGAAAGCACGGCAGUCAUCAUUCAAGAGCAGGAGGAGCUGUGUCAGGAGCGGGCCUGUGAGAGUCUAGUGAUUCGACUGACUGCUCUGUCUCUGCAGUACAGCUGCUGCUGGCUCAUCCUUCACUGCCAGCAGGACUCUGGGUUGACCAGCGAGGGCUUCAACAACCUGGUGUUGGUUUACUCCUCUCUGGUGCUGUUUGGCCUCAAGACUGAGGACCUGGAUGUCAAGGUGCUGAUUGUAUCAGAAGUGGUGGACAUUGCCAAAUGGAUCUGCCAGAUAGCCUUCCAUACACUGCUGUCCAGUGACAGAGAUCCUCUCAGCUACCUGGACAGAGAAUGGCUUUCUGUGAUUUCCUCAGAGGAGGAGAGGUGUCUGCUAGAGUUCCACUGUAUGAACCCUCUAGCGGCUCAGCUGAUGUUGAGGGGCCCCACUCGCCACUGGCUCCUGGGGGCCUCCCUCUCCCAGCUGCAGGAGCUGCUCCCUGAGGUCCCUCACAAAGUCAUCAAGCUCUUCAGUGACACCACGUCUCUGUACAAGCUGACUGCGGCUGCCUCCUCCACAGAGUCUCACACUGACUUCACUCAUCAGAAAGACCACAAUAGCCCCACUGAGCCUUGGGCCACAAGCAGAGACAAUAAAUACACACACCCCGACCCUAAUACAAGCCGCGACCCACACGCCGACUGCAACCGUCACACACACCGCGACCCAGAACCAUUCAACUCCAACUGCUUCCUCGCUGGCUCCCCCAGUGCUGAGAGUGUAGCGGGGAGGUUCUAUGAAGAAAGCUCUGUCAUGACCAAGGAAGGCGGUGACUUCCAGGUGGACUUGAGUCCUUCCUUCGGCUCCCAGCAGGCCCCUUUUCAGCACACCUGGAGCCACAACCCAUGGGAGGUUGAGGAGAGCGAUGAGCUGAAGUUUGUAGGCUGGAAUAGAAGAGGAGAGGAGUGGACGGGCAGCGCACCCCUACACCAGGAGUCCUGUGGCUCCCCCAGAGACUACGCGCCAGAAAAUCAAUUUCCGACGGGCCUCUCAUCCUCAUUCAGCUACAGCACCAACACACAGAGACCAGCGUACUCCGACAACCAGAUGUACUCGUUCUCUACAGUAGGGUACAGUGACCGGCUGCACUACCCUAAUGUCAGCCACUACCCCAGCUUGGCCUCGCCUAGAGGAUCUCUGUCAUGGGGGGGCAGUAGCAGUGGCAGCCCCUACAGCACUGCCCAGGGGAGGGGAGACAUGAGUGUGUCACCUGACUAUGGGACCAGUUACAGAACGGGGAUGGAGAGGAAGAGGAGAGCAGAAGGCCCAGAGAUGGCUGGCACAGUUUUAACGCCAUUGAAGAGGGGAAAGCUCAGUUAUGAGAAGGUGCCAGGCCGAAGUGAUGGACAGACAAGACUAAGGUUUUUCUAAAAUGUCUCAUAUUUAUGAAGUGGCAAAAUAGUAAGAUUGACCUGAAAAAUGACCAGAAAACUCUUAAAACAUACAAGGAUAGAAUGCUGUCAGUCCCUUGCCCUGUCUACAACUAGUGAUAUUCAGUAUGUAAGAAAUACAGGUACAGUGCCUUCCAGAAAGUAUUCAUACCCCUUGACUUAUUCCACAUUUUGUUGUGUUACAGCCU